GACACGUAUUCAAUUUUUUUUUAUGCUGCUGGUGCAGAAAAACUGGAGUGGGGAACUGAUUUACUGAACCCUAAGGGCUACCUGUCACGCGGAAGAAGAAGCAGACGCAUAACUUGGAGAACGUUAUAACAACGGAAGGAGAAGUUUUCCAUUGUUUGGCCACAGACAGAAAGCCACUCCUCUACGGAUCGUUUAAAAGCAGCUAAGCACAGGAUAAAAUUCUUACGUAUCUUCCUUUGCCAUGGCCAACACCCGAGAUGUGAGGCUGCGAGUUUUCUCUCUCAAUUGCUGGGGUGUCCGCUAUCUCAGCCAGCACUGUACGCCACGCUACCAAAUGAUCGCUGACUUACUUAAAGAGGAAGACUUUGACCUCAUUCUGCUGCAAGAGGUUUACAGUGAAAAGGACUAUCUGUUCCUGAAAAGGGCCCUGUCACACUGCAAUCCACAUUCCCACUAUUUCAAAAGUGGUGUCAUAGGAAGCGGAUUAGCUCUUUUCUCCAAACAUAAGCUACUCGAUGUCUUUCUCUACCGCUACUCUGUCAAUGGAUUCCCCUACAAGGCUUUCCAUGGGGACUGGUUUGCAGGCAAAGCGGUUGGAAUGGUAGUUGUCAACAUUGGUGGAAUGGUAGCACAUGUUUAUAUCACACACCUGCAUGCAGAGUACAGUCGAGAGAAUGAUGCCUACCUUCCUCACCGGGUGGCACAGACCUGGGAGUUGGUGCAGUUUCUACGCCUAACCUCUGCUGCUGCUGACCUUAUCAUAUUAGGAGGUGAUCUGAACAUGCACCCAAGUGACCUUGGAAUCCGAUUGCUUCGAGGCUACACAGGCCUUGUUGAUUGCUAUCAUGCGACUCAGAAUUUCCAGGGUUGCCCUGAUGGUGCCACAUACAUUCCUCAGAACCCUUUUACCAGCAAGAGCGAACUGGAGACUUUCCCCAAUGGGAUUCGCAUCGACUACAUUUUAUUUAAGGGUUCUGCCACCCUUGCAGCUAAGUGUGACUCUUUCUCAACAACUAUGGGCUGUGUACCCGGACAGCCAUUUCCUUAUUCAGACCAUGAGGCAUUGUCAGCCAUGCUACUGGCACAGAGACAACAAAAGAAGCAAGAGGAGGAGGAGGCCAUGGCAAGCUCAGAGCUGCUUGCCAACCUCAUCGACACCAUGAAUGAGGCCCGUACAGAGGUAAAGGUGGGCCUGCACCAUGUGGAGGGAAUGCGGCACACAGCCAUGCGAAUGGGAAUCAUGGGUCUGGCCCUCCUUCUGCUGGAGAUGCUUAUUGCCCUCGUGCCUUGGCUGGCUGUCAGUACAGAGCAGGGCUUUCCUCGGGCGACCUUUUACCUGCUAGGUUCACUCUCCCUUGUGACACUGGUGCUCACAGGUGUCCUCUACAUAUUCUACUCCACUCAGGUAAAGGCAUUGCACAGCACAGAGGAGCAGAUGAGGCUGGCAGUCCUUCGACUUCAGGAGCAAGUGACAAGUCGUGGUCCACACUCAAGGUAGUAUGGUGGCACCUUGCAUUUGGUGACCGUGGCUCAUGACGGCUGCACAGUGCAUUUGCAGUCUCCUUCAUUUUAAUUUCCACAUUUCUUGAAAAAUGAAAGUAAUACUUGAACAGGCACUGUGACACAGGUUCAAGUCUCCAUCUCUGCCAUCACCUUGGCUCUCUUUGAAAGGUGAUAUGCAAUGCCCUGCAUGCAGCACAGCUCUCCGUUUUUUUUUUGUUUUGUUUUUUUUAUAUACAUAUGAAGGCCAAGUAGGACUUUCCAGCAUUUCUCAAAGAAGCUCGUGGGCUCGCAACAUGCAAAGGAGUGAGUUCAAAAAGAAAUGGCCUGCUGCUCUACAUUCUUUUAAAAUGGCAGCCAUAGUGGAUCUGCUGUGACUGGACACUAAAAUCCAUCUUUGAAUUCCGAUGAUCACACUGCCAUCUUUAGACUCCGUCCAUUUAAAAGAAGAAAAGUCAAAUCAGCUGCCUGGCUCUCCUGCCUGAACUUUUUUCCAGCAUGGCCCAAUAAUUCUGAGGGCAGACAGAUGGCAAGCAUUGUGCUUUCAACACUGCAGUGCUUUGCUCUUCUACUAAACUCUUCGCUAUACAUUUUGCCCUCCAUGUUGCCACAGGAAUACCUGACCUCCAUGGCCACUUUUAAAUUUCUGCCUCUUUCAGUCUGAUGUACAGGUGGUCUGUAUUGUAAAGUAUAUACUGCCUUUCACCAGGAAUGCCCCUGUUAAUACCAUUAUAAAUGAGAGGUGUGUGUGCUUUCACCCAGACAUGCAGCUCAAGAUUUUAAAGUCUCCGCUGCCAUUAUGUGAGGAUUUUCCAGUGGAGUGACAUCAGAGCACUAGAGAACUCUUCUCAAGGGACAGCCAGCCAGGAAAUCCAGUAGGGUACCAGGCGCCAACUGUAGGACACUGGGAUGUGAUGACCGGGCCGUGAAUGGAGCCUAUCGUUGAGAAUGACCAACAAGUCAAGCCGCAUGCCUUGAUGAAAUGUUAGCACACUUUAUUAGCUAUUGGUUUGGUGAAUUAAUGGGACGGGAAAAAAAGCCCAAAAUUAAAUGUGGAGAUAACCAGUGCAGGAAAGAGAGGCAAGUGGAUGUGACGACCACGGUAUUCAUGGGGAGGUGAUCGACUUGUUGAACUGUACCCUGCAUUGUAGACAGGCAGCCACAGCAGAAGAGGAGCGGUGUCGAAGAAUGCCUCUUUAAAUCCUAUCAGGCAGUUUCUACUGAUCAGUGGAAAUGCUGUCCGUAAAAAAAAAGAAAAGAAAAUACGGCAGUGUCUAAGCUUUAUGUUGUGCCUCCAUUGCUGCCCAGCUUUCUCUUCAUGUCCUGUGCACAUUUUCAGAGAGUCUUUCAUUCACAUGAUGGUCCUACAAUCACUUCAGGAUCUUCAUGCGAUUGAUGGCAGGGCCAGGAAUUUGUGUGUCCUCCGUGGAUUCUUGUGGACUUUUGCUCUUCCCAAGUUCAAGAGACAAGUCAGCCCCAUAAGAGCUUUUGCUAUGAUACAGCUGAUAUUUUUUUUUUCCUUGGUCAUUAUGAUUCUUCAUGGUGCUCACAUGUUUUACUGCUUUACCGUGGCAGCUUUGCUUUCCCCCACUAGAUGGAGCAAUAAGCCAAGUGACAUUUUGACUUUUCAGCCUCCAGACAAAAGCCCAGAGCAGUGGUGGGAACUGAAGAGCUGGGAUUGUAAGUUCUGAAUUCAUGCUUAAGGUAAAUGAAUGGAAUCACGAGCAGAGAUCUUCAUGCAACAUGAAUGUUCUAAAAAGUUAACAGAAACAUUUGAAGCGGCACCCCGGAUCGAUUUACUGUGCUAAAAAGGCUUUGGACAUCCUCAUCAUGCACCAUUCCUCCUGACCUCACUUUACCAAGUAUUGUUUUUUACAUUUCAGACUUUUGCUGCUUGUUUAUCUAUAACUAGCUUACUAAUUCAGAUGGACUUUUUAGUUUUUAACUGGCAUUCAUCCUCGUACACUUGUCAGAUCUGCGCUGUGCCAGGCCACAGAAUGACUUUUCGAAAAAGACGCAAGGUACAGUAACUCCCAGGCUUUGUCAUUGGGGACGCAAGUAGUAAGUCAGUAAAUAUGCGUCCACAUUUCUAAAUAUUGUAAUAUGUUUUAAAGUAUUAAUGGGGCAGCAUACAGUCCUGCGAAAAAGGAAGUCUUUUUAUGACUAGGCAAACAGUGCCUACAGCUAUGAGUGAUAUACUUGAAUAAAACACCAGGAAAACCG